AGGUGAAGAGAAAGAGAAGGAAAGAUGGGCUCAAAGGAGGAGCAUCAUGACAUUGUCAUAGUGGGUGGAGGAAUCUGUGGUCUUGCCACUGCCUUAGCUCUUCACCGUGUUUCACUAUCUUGAAGAUUCAUUGAUAUAGUAUUGCGUUUUAGUUGGAGUAUAAGCAAGCACAUCCACAAAGUGACAGUUGGACCUGACUCCUCUUCUUUUGAUCUGAUGUUAUCUCAUAAUUUUGUGAUCCGCAUCAGACCUUGGGACCAAAGUAUCGGUGUAGAAGAGCCUUGAUCCUUCUCAAAGGACUUCUUUUCCUUUAGGUUCCCAAGGAAAGGAAUAAACAGUCUUGUUCUAGAGAAAUUCGAUACCCUACGGACUUCAGGGGCAGCGAUUGGUGUUUUCAUCAAUGGUUGGCAUGCACUUGACCAACUUGGGGUUGGUAUGGAAUUACGGAGAAAAGCUAUCCCUCUAACAGAGAUACGAGAUAUGUGGCUCCACAAGAACAAGAUGCAAGUAACUUCAUGCAGGAAAGAAGCACUGAGAUGCUUGAAAAGGAGCGAUCUGAUUGAAAGCUUGGCUAAGAAUUUGCCUGUCGGAUCAAUUCGUUUUGGGUGCCAAAUUGUAGCGGUUGAAUUAGAUCCCCUCAGUUCCUUCCCUAUUCUAUAUGCUAAUGAUGGUGCUACUAUUAAAGCUAAAGUCCUAAUUGGUUGUGAUGGAUCAAAUUCAGUUGUUGCAAAAUCAUUAGGAUUACAGGCCCCAAAGGUUUGUCCAAUAUCUGCUGUGCGAGCUUUUACUAGCUAUUCAGAUGGUCACAGCUUCGACAGCCAUUUUAUCCGGCUGAGUGGUGACGGUGUCCUCUUGGGAAGGGUCCCGGUUGAUGAAAAGCUAGUCUAUUGGUUUGUCAGUGUGUUGUGUCCUUCUCAAGAUGUCCAGAAGGAUCAUGAGCUCAUAAAAAAAGUCACGUUGGAGACAUUAAAAGAAUUUCCUACUGAGGUGAUUGAAAUGGUGAAACAUUGUGAUAGCAGUUCAUUGAGCCUCACACAUAUCUGGUAUCGAGCUCCAUGGCACUUGUUCUUUGCAAACUUCUGGCAACGCACCAUGACAGUUGCAGGGGAUGCAAUGCAUGUUAUGGGCCCAUUCCUCGGCCAAGGAGGUAGUGCCGGCUUAGAAGAUGCAAUUGUGCUUGCUAGAUGCAUAGUUCAAGAGAUGCCAAUGGGUCCAGAAGGUGCAACCAGUGAUCGAGAGAUGGUUAAGAGAAUAGGAAGAGCAUUGAGUAAAUAUGUGAAUGAAAGGAGGCUGAGGAUAAUGAGGUUAUCUACUCAGUCUUAUCUUACAGGAUCAGUGAUCAUGGCAUCAUCAUGGGUAAAGAAGCUGGUAUGUCUUGCCAUACUGAUUGUUUUCCUGAGAAGUGGAUCGCUUAGCCACAGUAAUUACGAUUGUGGCUCUCUUUAGGAUAAAUGUUGUGUGCUUGUCUCAUCCCAUCAAUGUUCAGAAAAGAUAGAACUAUGAUAUUGAAACAAACUUUGUUCAAUUAUCAUUCCCUUGAAUGGCUGUACUAAAAUAAAUCCAUGUGUAUAUUAUAAUUGGCAUUACAACAUUUAUAGCACCAAUAUUAGUGAAAAACUUCGAAGGAUUUGGACUCAUCAA